AUCUUCACAGGAUGUGACGUCAGAGACGCACAGCAACGAUAAACAACAUGGAAGUCGGAUUAGCAGAAAAAUCUGUGAAACCAUUAAGACAACACGUUUUUCUACCAUAAAAACAUGUAGAAGCGUAAUUAACUAAAUUUCAAAAGGAUUAAUAUUACUUGAGUCCACUGUGUGAAUAAGAAUGUAACUUUUUCUAAGUUAAUUAGCCGACUUAGGUGUUAUUUUAAACCAACGGGCACCUGUUUGUUUGCUGAAAAGAUUUCAAUGAUGGUUGGAGGGGGCAGCGCUCUCAAUCUCUCGCUGCUUAGCCGAGGAGUAGGCGAAAUAACUAAAAAUGGACAUGAAAAAAUUGAUGUUGUAUUUGAACCUCAGGACUACUACAAUUUUGUGAAUGACUCCAGCAGGGUCUACCUUCCACCCAUACAGACAUCUUACCAUUAUGACGAACCAACAUAUUCAUUUUCACGGGCAUCUAAAAAGUCUGUCCAAGAGAUUAGCAUGCCAAAGACAUUCACCACCAGAAAAGGGGCUCUGCUACUGUUUUCUGAGGACAUGGCACACAGAACUAGACAAACACACCACCAUGUCCGCAAAAGUCACAUGAGCAUGGAUGACAGAGAAUCCCAUCUGUCAAAGAGUGCUGAUGAAAUUGAUUUGAGAACUGUUGAUGAUUUGGCUAAAUCUAUUCUUUCCUUUGGUGCUCAGGAUUCAGACAGAGAUGAUGGCAUGUACCUCAAGUUUGUUCAUGGCAGAAGAAAGAGGGACUAUUUUGAUAGACAAAUCCGUCCAGGAUUUUCAGCAAAACGUUAUUUGUCCUCCUGGACCAAAUGCUGGGAUGACACCGUCUUAGAAAAGGUUAUCAGCAAAGGAUAUUUGACGGAGAAGUCUCUAUUUUACUACAACCCACUGAUGCCCCACCUCCAGCGUCGACUGAAUGACGACAUGUCACAUUACCCUACCCCUUAUAAACUGAUGAGGAGUAUGCUCAUGUCUCCUGGAAGCCUGUCUGGAUACACGUUCUACAGGAUCCGACCGGAAUCAGCAGAAACGUGUGUGACCCAGGAUGUUGAUAUUUAUCAUGGAUUGCCACCAAGUCAAGGGGCCUCCAUUAAAGUCAUCAGUACCAAAGAUGGAGUUCAAAGGGAGGUAACCUAUGGCAGUCUGGACAAAAAGGCCCAGGAAGAAGUCCUGACAGACUUACUAGUGAAGAGUGCUGUUCAUUACGCCAUGAAGAAACAACAGGAAUACUUUGAAGACAAUAUGAUCAGAGCCAUAGAAACCAACAAAAUCCGAGAGGUACCUGAGGGGCAUGCUACCCCUGCCUCCAUGCCACAGUUUGACAUGCAGGAUGCUGUUGAGUCACUGUUAGAUACCCAAAGAGCCAAGGGAGCUGUGAUUGAGGCUGACCUUCCCGAGGAUAAGUCAUCUGUAAGGUCAGGGUCACUGAAGCCAAAACAGCCCUACAAGAAGCAUGGCAAAGAAAGAGUUCGAUCAACCUCCUCCUCCCCUGCCUUUGAGGAUAAGGAGUACAUUGGAGGGGUCCCUGUGGUCUCCUUCAGGGAUGGAUCAGGCUCCCCGAGCUCUGUCCCCCAGCUCCCCCACAUACCAGGAGCAGUUCCCCUGACCCCCAUAGGAGAGACCAGCAGGGAACAGACCACAGUAGUACCACUGCCACCAAUAGGAAAAGGCAUACCAUCCCUGAACAUUCAACCUCCAACCCCACAAAAUACAACUCUAGACACUUAUGAUGCCACAAGGAAAUCAAAAGAGAAUCUCAAGUCGGUUAGCGAAGUUGACACAGAGGAGGAAUGGGGGACUCACGUUUCCCAGGCAGCAGAUCAUACAUCUGUUAGGGGGGAUGUGGAUACUGAGUCUAAGAAAGACAAGGGUGAAGUAUCUUCACAUGCCAAGGGUUCAAACGAGAGUGUUGGCACUGGUGUCCAGUCACUGAAGGAAAGUAAACUCAACCGAACACACUGGAAAGGAAGUCAGACUAGUGUCAAAAGCUCCAAGAAAGGAUCUGGCAGUAUAGAUGAUGGUUCUGUGAAGGGAAGUGUUAUCAUGGGACCAGAAGGGGAGAUAAUUAAUGUUGGAGGAACAAUCAAACCACACCUUAGGGAUAUUGACAUGGUUCAUGAUGCCAACAAAGUCUUUGGAAAAGAUCUGAUGAGUGACGAGUCGGAUGUAGAUGACCAGCCAGAUGAAUGGAAAAAACACAGAACACUUCCACCUGGUGCACGCGAUCAGAUGAAAAAUUUUGCUAACAAACGAGCGACACCUUCAAACCUCUCCGUGACGGAGUCCGUUCCUCGUCAGGCUCAUCACGUUGAUUUCAGCAAGAUAGACUACACCAGCGGGGACAUAGACGCUACCCUCUCCAUCAGUUCCUGGAGUUAUGCCCCCCGAGACCAGGACCCCGAAUUAAAUGACCUCCGAAAAACCAGUAGCUUACAGAGUCUUCCCAACCUAGAAGUUCAAUUCUUAAAAGAUUUAACCAUUCUAAGUCGAGCAACUGAGAAAACAGAACCAAUAGACCGACAAAAUACUCAAGAUGUGGACACCACUGAAGAUUCCAACAAUGUUAACGCCAGUUCUGGCGGCCCCAUGACGGACGGCAUCAGCUCCCUCCAGACCCCCUUCACACAGUCUGUGACCCCCGGAGGCAGGAUCACCAGCAUCCUAGACACGCCCAUGGGUCCUCAAGAGGACACGGUUAUUGAGGAGUCAGAACGAGAAUCUCCUGAGCAGAUAUCCGAGAAAGAUGAGGAGGAGAAUGGAAUGGAAGGGACCCUCAAGUCGAGGACAAGUGAGGAGUCAAGGAAGUCCCCCAGCAGGAAGGGCUCUGUUAUGUCCAAGUCCUCCACUGUUGACCCAGAGAUGAAUAAGUCUGUGAGUGGGAGUCUGCCAAAGUCCCGGGCUCCCAGUGUGGAUCUGUACACCAGAACGAUCAUUAAUAGCAGAAAUCGCAGGAGGUACAGUUUGGAUCUUGGAGGUAAAAGUCGGGGUAUGUUGAUUGAGGCUGAUAAGAGUCUUAAUAGAGCAGCCAGUGUGGAUCUGUCCAAGGAUUUACAGUUGUCUUUGGAGGAUUUAAAGAAUAAGGUGGCUCUGAAGAGUAAGGAGGAUGAGCAGAGUGAGGAAGGGGGUAAAUCUAGGGCUCCCAGUGUCAGCGAGGAGAGAAGGGGGUCUGUGAAGUCACGUCUCACCUCCAGGGAGUCCAUCCUCAGAAGUAUGUCCAAACAGUCACUCAAUCAGGAGGAAAUCUUGUUUGAGGGUCCAUCGGAAAGUGAAAUUUUGGAGGUGGCUUCCGAGAAGAAGUCGACCAUAACAGGUGAUGAAGAGUCUGUGUUAGCGGUGGAGGGCCAGGGAAUUCCUCCCGGUCCUUCAUCUCCCUCUGUUGAACAACCCAUUUCCAAACCCGAAUCUCCCAAACAAUCAGAAGACACUGCAACCCUCCGUUCAGAUUCUGCAAGAUCCAAAGUUUCAGAAAAGGAGAUUGUGGAUGCCUUGGCAAAUCAUGCCCAGCAGAUUGCUUCGAGCGUGCUCAGUCGCAGUACAUCUGGAAAAGACCUUGAGGAUGAUGUUAGGCGGGCGGCUAAGCUCUGGAUGGACACCCACCCCCCACGAGAUAUUUCUAGAAGUCACUCGGUUCAGGACAAGUCCAUUGUACAAGAGAUAAUGGCAGGACAGGAGAAGAGAAAGAGUGCAGGACCCACAGCAGGAGAAUACAAGGAACUGAUCAAGGCCAACCUCAAGACAGCCAUGUCCAGUGCUAGUGGUGAAAAUGUUCCGGCCGAUACAGAGGUCAGUCCAGAACUGAUAGACACACUGGCCAAGGAGGAUGUGGCUGCCGAGGACUUAGAGAUCGUACAGGACGACGACGGAAAAAGUCUCAUCCGCACCAAAAGUCAGGUCUCCAUGGCAAUGGGCGGAGUCAAGGAAGGUCAUAUCUAUGUACCAGUGGCUAAAAACGGGCAGAAGGCUCCUUCUACUAGCAUUCCUGUGGAUCGGCAAUCUAACGCUGAUAUAGGGGAACUGGCUGUCAUUCACUAUUCUGGGGACAAAGACUUGGUAAAGGCCGAAUCUGAGAAAAGCCCCUCAGAGAAGGGCAGUAAAACCAAGUCCCAGCCCCCCUCAACUCUCGGGGAAUCUAUUGUAGAGGAGGAGCCGUUUCCCGAUGAUACCUCAGAACGAAAGUCCCACGUGUCAUUCAAGGAUGAAGAAGAAAUUGAGGAUGAGUUUCAGAAAGCUGUUAAGGAGGCAGAACAGAAGUCUGACAAGCAGAGCAUGAAGAGUGGGAAGACCGAGUCAGAUGGUAAAAAGAGUAAGGUGUCAACAGAGAAGUCCACAUCUCCAGUCAAGAAGAAGGAGGAAUUUGUUGUGGGCAAGGUAGAUACAAAGGAUGAUAUUAAGGCCCUGUACGGUCAGCCUGAAGCCCCGCCCAAGGAGCCAUCAAUGGGGAGAGUUGAAUACAAAGAUGAAUUAAAACAUCUGUAUAAUAAUCAGGCUAGAAAGCCUGAAAAACCCAAGGGUGGCAAGACCAAAAAAAAGGUUCCUUCCCCAACAAAAAAGCCUGCAGUCAGCAAGGAGGCUAAACCGAAGGCCAAAGGUAAAGCCAAGGCCAAAAAGAAGGAGGAAUCGCCCGAACCAAAACCAGCCGAGCCAGAACCAGUGCAACCAGAACCUGAACCUAAACCACCCACACCGAAACCUCCCACACCACCCCCACCAAAGGAGGAGCCACCCUCAGAUCCGGAGACUGACAGAGAGUCUGUGUCAGACUUGAAGAGUGAGGAAAGCUUUGAGUUCCACAUUGUCAGGGAUUCCCCCUCACCCAGUCCACCCCCUCCCAAGGCCCCCUCAAUCCCGUCUGUGGAGGAGGAGCCAGAAACAGAGGAAGAGGAACCCAUAGAGGAUGAGGAUAAAUUGGUGAAGAAGCAAAUUGUCAAGAAGACAAAGGACGAAGCGGCCAGAUUGCGCAUGAUUUCCAACAGAGAGGCCAGGGCCGCCAAGCGGGCUGCUCAGGCGGAAAAACGACGACAGGAAGUAGAAAAACGCAGACGUGAAAGGGAGGAUCAGCUGAGGAGAGAAAAGGAAGAAUUCGAGAGACAACAGCAGCUUAAAGCCGAGCUAGAGGAGGAACGCAAGAGACAGGAGGAGCAACGAAGACUUAAACGUGAGCAGGCAGAUGCCGAGAGAGAUGAUGAAGAGAGAAAAGAAGAAGAGAGAUUAAGGAGGCAGAAACUUGAGGAGGAGAAGGAAAGAAGAAGAAAGGAAGAAUACCAGAGGAAACUAGAGGAAAUGAAGAGGAGACAGGCAGAGGAGGAAAAGAGGCGUCAUGAGGAGAUGUUGAGGUGA